GCCACCUUCGGCCUGGCGCCCGAGUCGUGCGAGGGGCGCAGCAAGGGGCGGCGCCGCGACGCGGACGCGCGCGCGCCCGAGGGCUGCUUCGCCGGCUGCGUGGCGCCGGGCCGCGGCCUCCGCGUCGUCGCGCCGCCCGGCCGCCGCCCCACGCUGCGCCUCUGCGAGCCCGACCACCUGGAAUGUGGCAGAAUGCGCACUCCUUUUGAAUAUGCUUCUACUAUUUGCGGUGGAUUGCGGGAAAGGGUUCAACGCCUUUCUGGUCUGGGAAUGCAACUGUCAGCAGCAGCACACGAUCCCGAUCGCCCGUGUCGAGUGGCUUGCCAAGACGCUGACCUCCAACGCAGGUUUUAUUUAGUGAAUGGGGAAACGGGUUGGUUCCCUCCGGGAACAGAUUGUGGCCGUGGAGAACGACAAGCUUUUUGUGUGAAUGGAAUGUGUCUGGAUUUUGGCCCUGAUGGCUCUCUCCAGGCUGAUGUAGAAUUUAUCAUCCCGCUCUUAAACAGAACUCGAAGAGCAGCCUGGAACGAUGUACGUGAUCAUGUACUUACUCGUGAAACUAAAGAACAAAGUUAUGACAAGUCCAGUACAUCACCUGUGGACUUACACAAUGCAGUGUACUCAAACUUGUCUACUUUUGACUCUACUCAAGAGUGGGAAAAUCAUCAGUUCACUGAAGUCAGAUGACAAGAAAAAGUGCGUGGAGUCAUUUGCUAUGAAGAGGACAUGGAAUGGAUUUGUAAUUUAUAAUUUUUGUGAUGAAAAGCCAAAGUCAUAGGAAUACGGAGUCUACAAUUGAGUCAGAAUUGAAGUGGAUUUUGAAAGAAAAUUUCAAAAGUUACAAUGCUAGACAAUUGUGCAUAACUGUGCUAUUUAUUAUAAGAGAAAUGUCAUUAUCAAUUUGUUUUUAAACAACAUGUCAACUUACUGCUAGGCAACAUAUCAAACAACCUUUCAAAAACUAGUGUUUAUUGCAACUUCACAAUGCUAUAAAAGAAGUACAAAAAAUACUUAUGUGAAUAUUUUCUGAGUACAUGUCGUUUUAUUUUUGUCGCA